AUGUUGGGCGCCGAAGACGAAGAAGAACGUUUCUAUGAGGUCUUCUACGACGAAGAAGAAGAAGAACUUGAAGCAGAAUUUGAAGCAAGAGUUGAAGCAGCAUUUGAAGAAGAAGAUGAAGAAGAACUCGAAGAAGAACUCGAAGAAGAACUCGAAGAAGAACUCGAAGAAGAACUCGAAGAAGAACUCGAAGAAGAAUUCGAAGAAGAAAAUGAAGAUGAACAUGAAGAUGAACAAGAAGAAGAAGAGGAAGAGGAAGAAGAGGAAGAGGAAGAAGAGGAAGAAGAAGAAGAGGAAGAGGAAGAGGAAGAAACUGAACAAGUCCUCAGUCCGCAACAGCGUGAACAACGCGAUAGGCACUGGGCAAACUUAACUGAAGUCAGCAAUAUUUUGCAAAACAUCGAAACUAUCGUGAUUCCCCCACUUGAGGGUGGGGGGCAGAUAGGCCUGGCUCUUCAAGUCGUACGCACUGAUCCGACUAUUCAGGAUGAAGACCGCGCCCUCAGGCAAACACUGACUCGUCUCUGGAAUGAAAGCCGUUAUCUCAAUGAGCUUCUGUGUGUCAAUUUCGAACGCAAGCAGGAGGAGCAGCAAAGGGAAAUACUGCGCGCUGAAAGGGAGAGGAAUAUACUGCGCGCUGAGAUGAUGCAAUUUACCGCUAAUUUCAGGAGGAUGUAG